AAUAGAGGAGAGAGAGUGGCCAGUAAGGGGAAGAAGGAAAAUAAAGUAAGAUAAAAGAAACAAAUAGACAAGCAAGAGCAGAGAGAGAGCGACUGUGCACUUUAUUUUGAACAUGUGUGUGAAGGGAAAGGCAGCUGAAGUUUGUUGUUUCACUUUCCAACGACAUACUGCCGAGGAAACAAGAUUGAAAGAGCGAGUUGAACGGACCGUAUCGACGAUCCUCCAAGAUGGCGUCAGCGUGGUCAGUGGGACUUCUCUUUAUCCUGCAGUUCAUCCUUGGCAACGCCUUGGCUCCCCCCGAGGACUGCUCCAGCCUACCUCUCCUCCAAGUUAGCUUUGAGGAGACGGCCCUGAAUGGCUGCGGGACAGAGGGACAGAAGUCCUUGUACAGAAGUCUGAAAAGCGUCAGAUACGAAAACGUCGAAGCGGGCGAGACGUACACACUGGUAAUGGUGGACCCCGAUGCCCCGAACCACAAAGCUGGUGAAGCCUGGUUGCACUGGAUCCUUUCAAACGUUGAGGCUAGCGAUUUACAGAACGGGAACGUUGGAAAUGGAAACAUAGUGGUUGAGUACAAUGGACCCACCCCUCCAAGGGGCAGCGGCACGCACCGUUAUUUCUUCUACCUGUACAGGGAGAGCCAGAAACAGUUGCCGGGCGUCGGCAAGAGGGGAAAGUUUGUUCUGCAGACCUACGCCGAAGAGAAUGGACUUCUUGGCCCCAUCGCCAUGAACAUGUUUAAAACCUCUUUCCAGUAGGGGAAAGUUUAUGCCCUUCUUUCCUUUUUUGAGAUUAUAUGCCUUGUUUGUUAUUCCAAUGUCAAGUUUUGGAGAAGGUUACCAUGUAUGCAUUAGUGUGAUAAAAACGUGAUAAUUAGGUGCUUGAUUUAGUGUAUAUACUUACAUGGACUCUUAAGGUUGAUGUUAGUGCACAAUAUCUUUAUAAUUUUCUCUAGUUUAUUUUCGUUUGCUCUUUGGUUUAUUUAUUUAUUUUUUCUUUAACUAACAGAGAGAGCCUAUCCAAAAUCACAUAAUGUAGUUAAGACAUUUAGAAUACUAUUUUAGUUUUAAAGCAUUUAAACAAGUUAAUACAUGGACACCAACUGAAGUGACAGAUUUUCGUUUUAUUUAUUAAAGUAUCUACCAGUUCAUAAGCUGACUUUGUGAAAAAGUAUAUCUAUUUCAAGGAAAAUAUCAAUGUUCUCUGAGUUUAGUCGGUGUUAAGGAAAUAAUUAAUAAGAAGCCUGCUGAAAAAACAACCUACGAGUUAAAAAAUAAGGUAUCUUUCUUGACGGAUAUAUUUUCUUCGAGGAAACAUUUAAUGUGUUCUAUCUUGAGACACUUGAUAGAUGAAGUAUCAGGAUGAGGAUUGAUAAAUUAACAUAUUGUUUAAGAUUCUGCUUUAGCCUAAGGUGAUGGUGCUUGAAAUGCACACUAAUUACUCAGCUAUCCUACUCUGCGGAUUUAAUGACUGUAUUUCAUUGGUGUAUGCCAAUAAAUUAUGAAGCAGA